AUGACAGCUUGGCUUGAAGAAAGUAUUGAUGAACCCGGAUUGAGACAGGCUCUGCAGGAUGUCCUGACAAAAUAUCCAUCAACAAUCAACACAAUCAAAGGUCUCAUCGACCACUACACCGCAAAACUUGCCCUUGUCGAACAAGCCGAACCAGACUCCAAGAAACGCAAGACAAACCAUCACAACACUUUAGAAAUCACAGCACCACCAACACACACAAUCAUCGCAUCAAUAAUCGAUGUCUCCUUUAAUAUCCCAGCUCGUAAAAAAUUCAACAUCGUAAUCACUAAUUUCAAUCUACAAUUGGUCAAUUCAAAAACACAAAUCCCAGAAUACGAAUAUCUUUUGGACGAUGUCGAAAUUGCCUCAUGUACACCAACGCCCGACAAAGCACAGAAAAACUACACAAUCGCUCUCUUUUUCAAAAACAAGGCACACCAAAAAGAAGAAGGAGAGAAUACACCGGCAGCGAUAACAGCAACAGAAUCUGUCGUUUUUAAUAUACAGGACAAGGCAGAUCUUGUGGUCACACGUCCAGGCCACCAAACCGACCAAAUUCUUGGUCAAGACAAACACCUCGCAUUGAUCGAAAUUCUGCAAAAGGACGCUCGCCUUUCUGUCACCCAACCAUCUGGCCAGCUGUUUACUUCAACUGUCACAUCCCCAACUACAGGCAAGCGCGAACACGACAGACUCUAUGUAAAUGUGUUCCUGAGAAGCAAACAAGGCAGCCUGUUCUUUUUACCCGAAGGUGUUCUUUACGGAUUUAAGAAGCCCACAUUUAUCAUACCCGUCAAGAGCAUUUCAUCUAUUGUAGUCAGUACAAUCACUCAGCACACAUUUGAUCUAUCUUUAAUACUCAAAAAAGGCGCCAAUGUGUUGGGCGCACCUCUGUCAUCUAUUUCCACUACAUCAACAUCAUCAUCAUCAUCAUCAUCAAACUCAAACUCAAAUUCAAAUCCAAGUUCAGGCGUAAAGAAUAAGGAUGAAAAAGAACAAACUACAACAAUCGAGUUUUCAAUGAUCGAACGAUCGGAAUAUGAUGGUAUUGAUGAAUAUAUCAAGAGAUCUAAAAUCCACGACAAAAGCAUGAGCGAGGAAACAAAGGCUCCCGAGCCAAAACAAAAGGCAGUAGGAUCCAAAGAGAACUCAGCAACAAUAGCAGAAAAAGAUAUUCAGAAUAACAACAAAACAAUAUCAAGCAACAACUAUGAUGACGACGAUGAUGAUGAAGAAGAUGAAGAUUAUGAUCCAAGUAACUAUGAAAAAGAUCUAAAUUAUGGUUCGGAUUCAAGAUCAGAGGGAGACUCUGAUGAUUUUAGUGAAGACGAUGACAUUGAAGAUGAAAUUGAAGACCAAGAUCAAGCUCAAGAUCAAGAUCAAGACGGAAAUAAUUCUGGAGAUCAGCUUGAAGACAGUGACUAA